CCAGGAUGUCGCUGACCCAGAGGAAGACCAACGGCGACGCAAGGAACAAGGAUGGUAUCGCGGCCUACACUGCCCACUGGAACAGAGAUUCUGCGCAGGACACAGAGGAGAACACCCAGAGCCGUUUGGCAGAGUACACGGACGUGGUCAACGGCUACUACGAUGGAGCGACAGAGCUGUACGAGUACGGCUGGGGGGACUGCUUCCACUUUGCACGCUACUACCCCGGCGAGGCAUUUCGACAGGCACUCGCACGCCACGAGCACUAUCUCUCUGCCCACAUCGGUCUCAAGCAAGGCAUGCGCGUACUCGACGUAGGCUGUGGUGUCGGUGGGCCGGCAAGGGAGAUCGCAAGGUUCUCGGGCGCCCAUGUGACCGGCCUGAACAAUAACCAGUUCCAGAUCGACCGAGCUACAAAGUAUACCGCCAAGGCAGGCCUGUCUGAACAGGUCGACUUUGUCAGAGGUGACUUUAUGCGACUCUCUGAGCAAUUCGGAGAGAACUCCUUCGAUGCCGUCUACGCUAUCGAGGCCACCGUUCACGCGCCAACCUGGGAGGGUGUCUAUGGCGAGAUCAAGAAGAUCCUCAAGCCGGGCGGCGUCUUUGGCGUGUACGAGUGGUGCAUGACAGAUACCUGGGAUCCUAGCAUACCCGAGCACAAGAGGAUCGCGCACGGUAUCGAGGUAGGCGAUGGCAUACCGGAGAUGCGCACCAUCGCAAAAGCCCGUCAAGCUCUCCAGACUGUCGGCUUCGAGAUCCUGCACGACGAGGAUCUGGCAGAGAAGAACGACAGAGUGCCAUGGUACUAUCCCCUCGAGGGCGACAUCCGCAAGUGUCAGACAGUCUGGGACGCUUUCACGAUCAUUCGUAUGACGCGAGCAGGCUCCUUCGUCACUCAGACAGCCGUCAAAGUGCUCGAGAGAGUCGGCAUGGUUCCAAAAGGCACACACGAUGUUGGGGAAGCCCUCAAGACUGCAGCAGAGGCACUCGUCAGCGGCGGCAAAGCAAAGCUCUUCACGCCCAUGAUGCUCUUUGUCGCUCGAAAGCCUGCAAACUAAAAGCUGACACGCAGCAGGAGAUACCCAGACCAGUGUAAUCAG